AUGAGCGUCGAUGUGUUCGGACGGCAUCUUGAUAAAAACACAGCUGCGGGUAAUCGCGGCCCUCCUGGUGUCGGAUUUCAAAUCACUGCGGACGGACAUUACGAUCUACAGAAUAAAAGACUGUGCAAUGUCGCAGAACCUGUUGAGCAAAACAAUGCUGUGACUUUGAAAAUCUUACGACGAAAAUUCAACGUGCUGCAAAAACAAAUCGACAACGUCGAUCAAAUGAUCAAAGCUUUGGAGAUCACCACGGGGAAAGCUUUGGAUACCUUCUACGCAGAUUCUAGAACAGGCAGAGACCUGUCGAUUCGAAACGCUGAAAUCAUUUCCAAAUUGGACACCAGACUAAGAGCAUUGGAAUAUGAACGAGAAAAAUCUAACGCUGUAUGGUGGGCUGUACCGAUAAAGAGCAAGUCCGGGGAUGAUGUUACAAAGGCCAUGGAAUCUGUGCUAACUCAAGGACGUGUACCGAAAAAAUUACACGUGGAUAGAGGAACAGAAUUCUACAAUUCAAAAUUUGAAUCUCUUAUGUCACGCUAUGAAAUCAAACUCUACUCCACGUACAGUAAUUUGAAGGCUUCGAUCUGUGAACAGUUUAAUCGUACGUUGAAAAGUAAAAUGUGGAAACGGUUCAGUAUGCAAGGAAGCUACAAGUGGCUUGACAUCUUAUCUGAUUUAGUAUCGGCUUACAACAACACGAAACACCGAACCAUAAGAUUGAAACAAUCGGAUGUCAUCAUUGCGAACGAAAGGCUGGUAUUACUUCGAAUCAGCAAGUUCAAAAACGUCUUCGAGGAAGGUUACACUCCCAAUUGGACGACUGAAAUAUUCACAAUAAUCCAAGUAGAAAAUACCAAUCCUGUGACGUACAAGCUCAAAGACUACCAAGGCCAACCCAUCGCUGGUGGUUUUUACGAACAGGGGCUCCUCAAGGUUGAAUAUCCGGACAUCUAUCUCGUGGAGAAGGUGCUUCAGAAGCGGGGAAAAAAAUUAUACGUCAAGUGGCUAGGUUUUGACAAUACGCACAACAGUUGGAUAAAUGAAUCUGAUAUGUAA